GAAGAGCUGGAAACACCUGAUGGUAUCUUUGGGACAAUCCGCUCCAUAUUACUGCCCUCUUUACUGUCGCAAGAUUAAUCUACCUCCAGGCUUCAUCACUGUCGAAGUUUUUUUUUGUGUUGUUUUCUCUUCUGAAAAAAGUUAGAGCCAGCUGAACUCUCCUCUCUCUCUCUCUGCAUCCAAAGAAUUAUCGAUAAGGAGACAUUGCACUAUUAUUUUGUGUUGUUUCUAUUUAUUGUAUUUUUGCACUAACGAUGCACACCACGCAAAAGGACACGACCUACACGAAGAUUUUUGUCGGGGGGCUUCCCUACCACACCACGGACUCAAGUCUCAGGAAAUAUUUUGAGGUUUUUGGUGAGAUUGAAGAAGCGGUGGUCAUCACUGACAGGCAGACCGGCAAGUCUAGAGGCUAUGGAUUUGUGACGAUGGCCGACCGCUCGGCCGCAGACCGGGCCUGCAAGGACCCAAACCCAAUCAUCGAUGGCAGGAAGGCCAACGUCAACCUGGCCUACCUGGGGGCCAAACCUCGGGUGAUGCAGCCAGGUUUUACCUUUGGUGUUCCCCAAAUUCACCCUGCGUUCAUCCAAAGGCCUUAUGGCAUCCCGGCCCACUACGUCUACCCUCAGGCCUUCGUUCAGCCUAGCGUGGUCAUCCCUCACGUGCAGCCUACAGCCGCUGCACCUGCCACCGCCUCCUCCCCGUACAUCGACUACACCGGAGCUGCCUAUGCACAGUAUUCUGCAGCCGCCGCCAGCGCUGCCGCCGCCGCAUACGAGCAGUAUCCUUACGCCGCCUCCCCUGCUGCCACGGGGUACAUGACCACCACCGGCUAUGGCUACGCAGUCCAGCAGCCUUUAGCCACCACCGCCCCGGGCUCAGCCGCCGCCGCCGCCGCAGCCUUCGGCCAGUACCAGCCUCAGCAGCUGCAAGCCGACCGCAUGCAAUAGCAGCCGCUGCAAGCACUGGACAUGCAGAGAGAGGAGGCCCGAGCCCGGCCACCGCUGAUUUACUACAAGGAGAGAAGGAAAAGAAAGAGGGAGUGGCCUUAAGAGUGUGGCGUGCCAGCAGCUCAGAGGCAGAGUUGCUUUGAAAAGGUGAUGAUGAUGAUGGUGGUGAUGAUGAGGGUGGUGAUGAUGAUGGUGAGGUAGGAACUUUUUUACAGUAACUUUCCAACUUGCUGUGCUUCAACCAAAAAAGCAGAAAACGAAAAAAAGUCGCAGAACAAAUAAUGAAAAUGGUUUAUUCUUGUUAUUGUUAUUACUAUGAUCAUUAUUAUCAUUACUAUUAUCAUUGUAGUAGAGUACUUAUUUCUAGAGAGAAGAUCCAGGAACUAAUCCCUGUGGUUGGUAUAGGUGUUCAACUAAGCCUUCAAGUCCUAUUGCUGUCUUUAACGUUAGUUUAGGAAAAUGCUCUCUUUUUUUUCACUUGUCGUGUUCCACAAGUGUUUUCAGUUAUUUAAUGCCCUCAUAACAUUUAUAUUUAUUAUUGUCAUUAUUACACAUGGAGGGCUCUGCUUGUUCUUUUUGUCUUUUCAAGUGCAUUUUUUGGAGUUAAUAUUUUCUGAUAAUCAGGGAAAUGGAACCGUUUCCAAUGUGUUAGCUAUUAUUAUGUGACCUCUAUCAGGAAGUCGAGGACUCAGAACUCGUUGUGUCACACACAUUUGAAGAACUACUUUUUUUUAAAUCUUCCUGAUGCUGAAUGUCCCUUUUUUUUUUUACUCUGUGUCUCGACCUCUUGACCUAUGCAAAGCAAACAAAUCACCAUGAGACAAAAAAAACAAGGAAAAAAAAGACAGAAAGAACUGAAAAUGUCAUCAACUCUGACUUGACUCUUGGACUAAAAGGGGAACUUGGCAAACAAAACAAAGGCACUGACAAAAGGAGAGAGGUUGAAAACGGCCUCAGACAAUGAGAAACACUAAAUCUGUUGCUUUUCCACAUUUCGCUCACACGUACACUGACGCAUACAUCCAGAGUUGCACACAUAGCAGUCGGAAGACAAAGGCAGCACAGUCGUGUUUCUCUCUGGCUCUGGGAUGGAGAGAGAAAGGAAAGAGAGGGAAAAAACAGAGAAAGAGAGAGCAGCUGCUGGUGUGGUGGGGGUUGGACAGAGCCGCUCCAGCGCCGCACAGACGGAUCACUCUGGAAAGAACGCAUCACUUGUGCUCGUUUGUUGAGCUGUCACAUUUUAAUCCCCGGCCGAGCCCAUUGGGAACCGACUUUACACCCUUUCCACCCGACACGGAGCCCCACGGCCGAGCCCCCCCCUCACCCUCAGCUCUGCCGCCGUCAGCAUUUCCACCUCUGUGCUGCUGUCGUCUGGCGUCAGGUACAAACACUUUAACCAAAGCCACCCCAACAACUGGCCUGCCUCAUGUCUGUCAAGAACACCAGGUGGGAUGGAGAGAAAAAGGGGGUUUUACUCUUUGACUUUACGUCGGUCUGUGUGCCUUACAUUUUUACUGCUAUUUAAGAGAGAAAAAAAACUGAAAAAAGAGAGAAAUCUACUAUUUAAGAUAUUUAUUUUUGAGGGUUGACUAUGCUGACGAAAGUAGAGACUUAGUGGCGGUACUGUAUUAAUAAUAUUAUGUACUCAUCUCAAGGCAUAUAUAAGUUAUUGAUUAGUUUUAUUAUUAUUAUUACUAUUAUUAUUAUUAUUAUUAACAUACUCAACCAAAAAUGUUGAUGUAGGAAUUAUUUAAGAUACUGUUACGUGCACUGUACUUUUAUUUUUUAUCUUUUUGACUCUUUAGAACAUUAAAUAUUAGCUUAAUGCCUUUUGUAUGGAAGAACUUUAUUUAAAUGCAGACCUGUUUGCAUGCAGAUUGUACUCUGCCUCUUCUGUGUUUAGAUAAGAGGAAAAAAAACAACAAUAACUUUGACAAAAACAAGCAAAAAUGCUGCUUUUCUCUACUAGAAUGUAUAGUCGUUGUCGAGGUUUCAGUAGCUGUGCUUCUUUUGCUUAAUAUUCAUCAGAUGGGCUAUUUUACACUGUUGGGAAUUUUUAUACUUGAACUCUUUCUUACAAGGGAAAUAUGAAAAAUAAAUGACAAAAAAACUUUUUAAGGAGCUUUUCAUUGUCACUGGAUGAAGGCAUGUAAAGUGUUACUAUUUAAAUGCAAAGGUCCUGUUGAUAUUAAAACCUUUACUUCAGAAUUUCAACACCAUUUACUCAAAUUGGAAUAAAAUGUUCUAUAUUUAA